AUGCCUACAUUCAGCCACAUACGCAACCGCUACGGUACGCUGCCAAAGCUGCAUGCCAAGGGCGGUAGCUCACGCGGCGACCUCAGAGCCAACCAACCAAAGCCACGACAGUCAGAGGACACUCCCACGCCGACUGAACCUUGUCCCAUUUGCCUCGAGGUUGUUGGCUUGCCCGCCGUCGAUGGCUCUGUCGAGUCAUGGUCGAUUCUUCCAUGCGGUCACCGUUUCGGCAGUUACUGCGUAAAGGCCUGGCUUGGCACCGGCCCAAGUCCUUCCUGUCCUUAUUGCAAAAGCCCGAUGCUGCAUAGCUGUGGCCACCCGACUUUGCCCCGACGUACGCGCCCUCCAGUGUCAGACCCGACCGACAUUCAGAUAGGUGAUGACCGAGUUCCGGGCAGCCCAAAGCCUAGAGCGCCUGUUGUUGAGCAGGAAGCACCACACGUACAGGAAGUCGAUGAGGCCCUGCCCCUUGGCCAGGCCAAUGAGCCUCACAGCAUCGACAACGAGAGCGACAACAAGGCCAUCGACCGGAACAAUGCAGACGACAACCAGGAGGGUCAGGGGCCAGGCCAAGCGGAAGCAAAGAACGACGCUCGAGUUGCUGCUCAGCAUGUCCCGUCGUCUCCGGGUGGCAUCCAACGACCCCCUCCAGACGAACCCGGUCCGGACAACAACGACGAAGCGGACGUCGUGCAAGAGCCAGUGGCGGCACCAGAGGCAGAGAAUAUCGCACCACCCGCAAUUGUGGCUGCACCUCAGCAACAACAUGUACCAACACUCGCUGUCGAGGUUGCACCAGCUGAACCUGAUGCAGCACAACCAGCUCAGCAACCCGAAGCGCAGCCGACACCACCGGCUGCAGCCCCGGUUGUUGCACCGGACGAACCCUUCUCAUUGGUCGAGUUCGAUGACUAUGAUCUCAUGGUCCGGAUUAUCCGCAGGAGUCCAAAUCGGAUGCCAAUGUUCAUGACCAUGGCCUAUCCAGAGACUGUGAAUCUGGAAAUUCCGUGUGCCUUCUGUUACAUGGGAAUCGAAUAUAAUCGCCACCUUCUCAGGCUGAGGGUUCAUGACAUGGACCCUCGUGACCGCCCGAGUCGAAUUCCCGGCAAGAAACUCGUCGUCACGGGUGCGAAGCACUUGACGCACCACAGCCACACUGCGUAUCGCGCGAUCCGCGCGCAUAUCGGCAACAAUCGACACAGAUACGCACAGCCCACCGCGGACGAGAAACAGACAGUUGAUGCGUACGUGGAGGCGUGCAAAGAGGCACACGACAUGGACUUUGGGCCGUGGUGGGCACAACAACCACCAAAGUCCGAUCCAGCCAUGGAUGUGCCGCAAAACAACCCUAGUAUUUGGGGACAACACUAA